GCGCAGUGCGCGGGCGCGUCUGCAGGCCGCGCGCGUGUGGCGAUGACGCGGGGUUGGCGUUGGCGUUGCUGGUGGCCUUGAGACGAGUGAGUGUCGCCCGGCUCGUAGGGCUGAUGAUGAAGGUGGCUGGAGGUGGGUGGCUGGUGCGAGAUUAGCUGGGCAGCCUGGCAGGGCAGUGGCGAAUUAGGAUGGGGGGGUUGGCGGUUGCUGGGGUGAUGGGCAUGCGCAUGCGUAUGUGUGCGUGUGUGUGUGUGUGUGUGUGCGCGACAGUGUCACAGCUGGUGUCGUGUGAGUGAGGUCACUCUCUCACUCACGGCGCAGUGGUUUGUGCGCGCGCGUGCGUGCUGUCUGAGGAAGCAUGGUGAAACGCCUAGGUGCCUGGUUUCGGGUGCUUCCCCAUCUUCUUCUCUUCUGCCUUGCCACCUUCCUUGCCUGGCUUGCGUGCCUCACCUCCUUCUGCCUUGUGCCGUGCCUGAGUGAUCGACACGAUCUGAGACGCGCACGAUCUGAGACGAGACGAGACGAGGGCUAGGCUGGCACACUGGACUCUACCACGUAGAGAUAGGCGGCGGUGAUCGUCGCCGCGCGUGCUGCGUUGCGUGGAUAUUAAGACGGGC